ACAACUUUAUUCACUGUUCCGGUUUGGUUUCAGCCAUAUUGGUCUUCAAUGGCGGCUCUUCCCGCACCAGCAAACAGUCCAAACAAUUCUUUCCAUCAAAUACUUGAAGACGCUUUGAUGCAGAGGACCUCGAUCCAGCUCGAACCCUCGCGGAACCGGAGAGCCAACGCGCAGAAGCUCUGACCAGGGUGUCGGCUGUGGUGGGCUCAUGUUUCAAAGCGGACGUCGCGGGGGCGGGGCCUCGUCGUGCUCACGUCAGCAUCACUACAUCGCGCGAGUUCGUGUGCAGGAAUGUCGGAAAGUUCACGACUGCCCUCAGUGUUCUUUCAAAAGUGACUCGCAGUGACCGGAGUCCGGAGAAAGUUUCCCAAAAGUUUCGGUGCUGACCGCCAGCGAGCUUCUGCGGGAGUUUGAGCAUUCUCCUGAAGACAAGAUGGCUGCACCAGCCUUAUUUUCCGUGGAGUUUCCCGUGGGCUGUCCCAGUCCCUGCGACCCGCCCCCUCAACUGGUGAUGCUGGCGACUGUGGCAGCAGCUGAGGGCCUGACUGACAGCGGGGCCCCCAACCAGAAGGAGAUGAUGGAGCUUCAGACGGUGGGCAGUGACCUAUUGGACAGCGAAGAGGAGAGCAGCAUCAGGUACAGCUACGAUAACCAGAGCCAGAGAGAGGUCUGUAUUAUCGAGUACCCAGCCUCCCCAGCGCCAGGUGUCCAGCCGGUGGUGCUGGGACAAGACAAGGAUGAAGAAGUGCAAGACCUUUCACAGCGACGUGGGAUGCGCCCAUCUGCGUCCUCCGAUCCACAGGGCGCCGCCGUGGCAGCAGAAGACAAUGGAAGGAAGAGGAGGAAGCCGUUCCACUGCAAGCCCUGCAACUUCCAGGCGCAGAGCGAGAGCGAGCUCGUCCAGCACCUGAGAACUCACGCUGCCAGCAAGAUGAAGGUGGUCACCUCUGUGGAGGGCAGCGGCGUGGCGCUGGUGAAAGAAGCCGAGUCUGCCGGGGAGAUCAAGGACGGCGGCGACGCGGUCGGCGCAGGCGACAGUAAAGGGCUGAUCCGCUGCGAACGCUGUGGCUACAACACCAACAGAUACGACCACUACAUCGCACACCUCAAGCACCACAGCAAGGAGGGCCAGGACCCCAGGGUCUUCAAGUGCACGCUGUGCACCUACACCACAGUGAGCCAGUACCACUGGAGGAAGCACCUGAGGAACCACUUCCCCAGUAAACUGCACACUUGCAGUCAGUGCUCCUAUUUCUCAGACCGCAAAAGCAACUACAUCCAGCACAUCCGCACCCACACGGGCGUUCGGCCCUUCCAGUGUCCGUACUGUGACUACUCCAGUUCCCAGAAGACUCACCUGACUCGCCACAAAAGGACGCACUCGGGUGAACGUCCAUUCAAGUGUGAGAGCUGCAACUAUCUGGCUGCCAACCAGCACGAGGUGACCCGUCACGCACGGCAGGUCCACAAUGGGCCGAAGCCGCUGGGCUGCCCGUUCUGCGAGUACCGUACUGCUGACCGCAGCAACUACAAGAAGCACGUGGAGCUGCACCUGAAGCCGCGGCAGUUCCUGUGUCCCCUGUGCAAGUACGCUGCCUCCAAGAAGUGCAACCUGCAGUACCACAUCAAGUCCAGGCACAGCGGCUGUGACGUCCCCCUGGAUGUCUCCAAGGUCAAGCUGCGGGUCAAGAAGCCCAGAAGCAGCGAGGUUCCAGACAAGUCAGACAACUCUUCAGGCGUCGACGAGGAAUUGGACGUGGAUGAUCUGGACUCUGCCAUCACGGCUAACAAGGCUAACAGCCCUAUCAACCUGUCACUCACCAGCAGCAGCCAAUCGAAAGACGGGCUGAAAAAGUCCUCUGCGAGAGAGAAAAAAACAUUGAGACCAAAAAAGUCUGCUGAAGAAAAGAGAGAAACCCGGAACCAGAGAAAGACAAAGAAGAAAACUGCGGACACACAAAAACACCAAAGUGAGAUGGACCGCGGUCAGGAGAAGGAGCCUGACGACCAAGUGGCAGGGGAUGAAUCGGAGUCUAAAGAAGUGAGGCGGAUGGAGAGGAAGGUCAACAAGAACCGAAAAUCCCACCCCAAGAAGGUCCAGGAAAAGAUCCCAGGGAAACAUGACGCUCAAGAGGAGCCUCCCACAGAGAACAGGACAGAGAAGGUUUUGGACCUUUCUCCUGAGUCCAAGGUGCCUUCAAAGCGCAGGCGUUUGACUUCCCCCGAAAUCCCACCCCCCAUGCCACAAUCCACUCAACAACGGACCCGAAAGUCCAACCGGAAGUUGGCAACCUGCCAGCAAGAUGAGGUUGGUCCAUCACUUGACAGAGAAGCACCACCGGUUGAGACGGCCAACAGCAGCGACUUUGUUUCCUCGAUGGAGGAAGAACCAGAUCUGGAGACUUCAGCUGGACCCUGCAACGAGCAGAGCCCUGGUGGGACCGACCCCUCACUGUCUGAAGACCCUCCCACCCCCACAUUCGCUGUACCAACUUCCCCCGCCUCGCUGGGGCUGCCGGCUCAGCGUCGCAAACCCACUGAAGCCGAGGAGGACGAGGGAAUCCACAGCAGCCACGAGGGAGCGAGUGACAUCAGUGACAGCGCCUCGGAAGGGAGCGACGACUCUGGCCUCCACAGCAACGCCACCGUGUCCAGCAAGAUGGCCAACGACCCAGAAACCCCAACGGAUGAGAUCCCCACACCGACUGAACUCAAGAGUCACUUGUGCAUCUUCUGCGAUCGCACUUUCCCACUGGAGGCGGCGUAUCGACGGCACCUGAACCGUCACCUGGUCAACGUCUACUACCUGGAUGCCAGCAAGCAGUAGUGAUGCUCAGCUUUCUUCCAAAUCACAGCUAAGAUUGUGGGCUCCAGAGAUCAUCUGCCACAGAGUGGUGUUGUAGGCCUGUCACUAUGAUCACGUGCUAGCCAGGCGCCACCAUCCCACGACUAGCAUAAUUAUGAUUGACAGCUGAAGUGCAUUCACUCUGCCAUUUCACCCACUUAGUGCCUUUUGACAAUCAACUUGUCUAAGAACCCGUCUGCCACACGCCGGGCCUGAUGCGCCCCGAUCUGCUCCACUGUUGUAAAUACCUGUGCAAUAUUUUGUAUCCAACCAAAGUUUGUCUUGUUCUGUUCACCAAUAAAUUUGUGAACCCCUUUGUUUUUGGUCAGCAAAUCUACUCUUGCUUCUUGUCUCAUUGAAUGAAACCUGGCUCAGCCUCGUGGACUCCACCACUCUUGGCUGGAGUAUUUUAUUGAGGUAAAC